AAGACGGGCUUGUCUCGGUGGGUGGGGACGGUCAUUUGUCAGCUUUCUGGACACACAGACAGAGACAGACAGGAUGGAUUUCCUCCGGCUACAUCUCCCUGGGCUGCAUCAGGCCUUGCGGGGAGCACUGGAUUCCCUCAGCUCCUUUGUCUCCUACCUUAUGGGAGAUGAGGUCCCCACUGCAGAGAGGAAGGAGGCGAGGGCAGCCGAGGAGAUGGGGGAGGUGGCUGCAGGAAGGCCAGGGAAGCCUGAAGAGAAGGAAGCCCAGGAGGCCCUGGAGGGCCUUGGAGGCAGCCAAAACCAGGAGGCUGGAGGGCUGAGAGGGCCUGGGGAGGCUGGAAGACGCCAGGACGGAAGUUCAGCAACAGAACAGACCUGGGGUUGGGAAGAAGGCAGCUCCCAUGGGUCUCAGGCAGACAGGCAGGACACUGGGGUCUGGGAGGCAGUCAAGGCUGCCAGGUGCCAGGAGCCAAGGGCCCACUUAGAGGCCAGAAAGGAGUCCAAGACAGGGUCUGAGGCUGUUCGAGACAACAGCAGUCAAGCCCGGGAGAGUCAAGGGCCCAAUGAGCAGGAAGUGAACACAGAGGAGACACCGAGAACCUGGGAACAGGAGGAGGAGGCGGAAGAGGUCAGGGAAAGAAAACCAGAGGUGGCCAGGAAGGCGGAGUCAGAGUGGACCUGGCACCGGGAGCCUGAGGGGGAGGUAGGUGCUGAUGGGCAAAAGGUAGCAGGGGACAGCAGGGGGUCAUUAGAGCAAACGGUCAAGGAGGCAGUUGCAGAGGAGAUCCAGGGGUCUGGAACCAAAGAGGCCGGGAAGGAAGAAGAGGUGAUGGUGGUCCUAAGGGGUAGCCCAAGCACAAGGGCACGGGAAGCAUGGGAGUCAGGGACAGAAUCUGAGGACGGGACAGCCUCAGGCAGGGAGGAAGCCAGGACAGUCUCAGACGGGGAGGAGGACGGGACAACCUCAGGCAGAGUGGAGGAUGGGACAGCCUCAGACAGUGGGGAGGACGGGACAACCUCAAGCAGAGUGGAGGAUGGGACAGCCUCAGGCAGAGUGGAGGACGGGACAACCUCAAGCAGAGUGGAGGAUGGGACAGCCUCAGGCAGAGUGGAGGAUGGGACAGCCUCAGACAGUGGGGAGGAUGGGACAGCCUCAGACAGUGGGGAGGACGGGACAACCUCAAGCAGAGUGGAGGACGGGACAGCCUCAGGCAGAGUGGAGGACGGCACAGCCUCAGGCAGAGUGGAGGACGGCACAACCUCAGGCAGAGUGGAGGACGGCACAGUCUCAGGCAGAGUGGAGGACGGGACAGCCUCAGGCAGAGUGGAGGACGGGACAGCCUCAGGCAGAGUGGAGGAUGGGACAGUCUCAGGCAGAGUGGAGGACGGGACAGCCUCAGACAGUGGGGAGGACGGGACAGCCUCAGACAGUGGGGAGGACGGGACAACCUCAAGCAGAGUGGAGGACGGGACAACCUCAAGCAGAGUGGAGGACGGGACAGCCUCAGGCAGAGUGGAGGACGGCGCAGCCUCAGACAGUGGGGAGGACGGGACAGCCUCAGACAGUGGGGAGGACGGGACAGCCUCAGGCAGAGUGGAGGACGGCACAGCCUCAGGCAGAGUGGAGGACGGGACAGCCUCAGGCAGAGUGGAGGACGGGACAGCCUCAGACAGUGGGGAGGAUGGCACAGUCUCAGGCAGGGAGGAGGCUGGACUAACUUUAGUCAGGGUAGAGGCCAGGACCACCUCAGUUGGGAAGGAGGAUGACCUCUCAGGAGCCAGGAAGAGAGAAUAUGGGGAAGUCUCAGGAGAAAGGAUCUCAGAGGGCACUGGGAGGGCCUGGGCAUUCGAGGAGGCCUCCUGGGGAGACCAGGAGGAGGAAGUGGAUGAGAAUAGAGAGGCUGAGAUGAGCUUUUCCCCCAAAGAGACCCAGGCCCUGGCAACUAAGGGCACAGAAGAAGCAACUAAGGACCAGACAGCAGCGGGGGAGGCUGCAGAAGGCCAGGGGUCAGAGGGGGAGGUAGGGGAGGGCUUUGAGAUCCAAGCAGAUCAGGGAGGUAAAGAGGCUGAGGGGAGGCAAGCCUCAGCGAUCAGGACUGUUGCCGCCAGUCUGGAGGAGGUGGUGGAGGCAGAGACGGCCAAAGAGGAGGAAGAGGGUUGCUGGGCCUCAGAGGCUGAGUUGCCCAAGGACGACGUGGCAAAUGAGGCUGAAGGGGAUGCUGACCUGGAAGCAACCCUAGAGACCAGCAGUCCUGAGAAGGAGUUCAGCGGGGAGAGGAGUGAGGGGGAGGCUCAGACAGGCGGAGAAGCACAGGGGGUGGAGUGGGGUGGCCUUGAGCACGAAAUCACUGAAGGCCAAGAACCUGAGCUGAUGGCAGACCCCCAGACCCUGACAGAGCAGCCUGAGGACGGACAGGGGGGUGAGGAAGAGCUCUGGGGCGUUUCAGCUCUGAGCAAAGAGGAGACGGAAGGGAGCCUGGAGGAAUACCCCAGGAACGUGGGAGAUGUAAAGCCUGAUGCCCCUGGGGCAGAAGUCUGGGAGAACCAGAGAAGGGAUGUGGAGGGAGGGGAUGCCCAGGAAGAAAAAGCAGAUGCUGAAGAGGGGGAGGAGGAGGCUGCAGGAGGCCAGGCCCCGAAGGAGGCCGAGGGAGGCCGAGAGUCUGUGCUCCCGGAUGUCCCGGAGGCAGGCGGGGAGUGGAAGAAAGCCCAGGACGCAGGGUGUGGGGCAGAGGAGGGAGACAGCCCUGGAGCAGAGAGCCAGGAGCUGGGUGGAAGGCACGGGGCAGACGCAGGGACAGGUCAGUCGCUGGGAGAGUCAGAUGCCAGAGAAACCGAGGAUGAGGUGGAGGCCACCACAGUGCCCUGGGGGGCAGACACAACAUCCAGUGGAAACUGGAGGCUGGAGGAGGCCGCUCUGAGCCUCCAGGACAGCGAGGACCCAGGGGUCAGUUCUUUGGCUUCUGAGAUGGUGAGGGAUAAGGUAGCUCUGGUUGGCAGGGCUGCUGGAGCUGGGGGAGGGCUCGAAAGAGAGGCUGGGGAAGCUGGGGACUCCGAAGGGAGGCAGGAGGCUGGGGGAGGCGGGGAGCUGGUAGAGGCUAUACAGGGAGAAAACCGGGGUGGGCUGGAGUUUGGCCUGGCGGGCUCCGCAGACGAGGAGGUGGCUGGCAGAGGGGACCAAGCAGAGGCUUUGGAGGCCAGAGAGGGUGAGCCUGGGGGAGAGUGGGUGGAGGUCAGGGAGCCUGCGGUGGCAGAAGGAAGCUGUGGGAUGGAAGGCUUUAUCUCGGGCUCCCAGGUGGCGAAGGCAGAGGGGACCGUGGCCACGGUGGAGGCCGAGGGGCUCCCAGGAGGGCAGACGCUGUUGGAAGAGGAGGCUGUGGGAUGGCAAAUGAAGGAGCAGGGGCGGGGCAGUGAGGGGCAGUGUGGGGACCACCACCCCGACGGAGAGGCAGGAAGGCCCCUUGAUGUGGAGGAUGUUGCGGUGACUGAAGACCAGAGAGCACAGGCCGAGGAGAUUGUUCCCGAAGGCCCGGAGGACGUCCAGGGCCCGGAGAACCAGUCAACACACCAGGACCUUGCAGAGGCCGAGCGUGGGUCACAGGGGGAGACGGCAGCAAGUGCUGGUCAGGGCGCUGGCGCCAGCUGGAGUGAGGCCCUGCUCCCUGGGUCUCUCCUGGACGUCUCUGUCCCCCGGAGCCGUGUACUCCUGUCUCGCAACUCCUCACUGCGCCGCUCCCGGCCCUCUUCCCGACGGACCGGCACCCCUGAGCAGCAGGAGGAGCCUCCCCGCCCGCCACCCGAGGAAGAGAUGUCAGCUCCCGAGCAGAGACUUCUCCAGCCAGAGGAGCCCCCAGAGCCCAGCCCCCCGAAGCCUGAGGGGACCCCACUGCCAGCCAGGAGAAGGCCGCUGGGACGUGGGUUUGGCCUUGCACACACCGGCAUGAUGCAAGAACUGCAAUCUCGGCUGGGCCUGCCAAAGCCGCAGGGAGGGCCCUGAGCCCCCGGGAGCCUGGCCCCAAGUGAGGCUCGGAAGGAUCUUCCGAACCCUGCGCAGCCUAUCUCCCUCUGCCACUUUGGACACACCCUUUCCACCCUCUGGGCCUCAGUUUCUCAGUGUGUCAUUCUCGGAACAGACAGAACCAGAUGCCUGCGAGGACCAUGAACUUGAGGAGCGUGACUCGGCAAUGUGGCCGACAGACUCCCUGCCCGCUGGGACCGCUUCUCACGGCCUGUCCUGACCACCUCUCUCAUCUGUCUCGGCCGCCUGGAGGACCAAGGGGACGAGACAGUUCUCCCCUCAGCCUUCCCUCCGGGACUGCUCCCAGUCCCCACCCGGGCCUUCCGGAAAGCUGUGGAACAGCACACAAACCUCAGGGGUGGGAGCUAGCCCAGAAGAAAGGGGUCAGCAGGGCCUACAAGCUCCAUUUGCAAUGGGAGGUGGGUGAGAAACAGAUCGUCAGCGGCCCUGAGCUUUCAAAAAACUCACAACUCUGCUGGUUACUAUGGCAACCACCGGCCCAGCGAGCCAGAAUGGGGGAAGGUACCCAGGAGCCCCCAGAAUUUAGGAGCAGAAAGGGGCCCAGGGUGGCCAGAGGCUACAGACUCUUGUCCCUUGGGGGUCAGGUACCCCUUCUCUGAAAAGAAGCUGAGGCCGAGGGAGGAUGAGAGUGCUUUAUUGGGCACCCCGCAUGGUGGCCUAGCCCGAGGACAGCUAGCAGGCUCUGAAACAAUAAAUAAACCAUCCUUUCCCUAAACAAUAAAUAAAUAUCCAAGAAAUAAAUAUCUGCCAGGGACCGGAGGGGCCUUAAGUUAUUGGGUCGGGGUUGGGGUGGGAGGCCGGUGGAGUCCUGCCUGGUUUAAGGCAAAU